AUGUCUCUCCCCGAGAACACUACCGUACUCAUUGUCGGCGCGGGCCCUGCAGGUCUCACAGCUGCCCUUUCUCUCGUCCAUAACGAGUGCCAUGACUUCGUCAUCGUAGACGCCGUACUCGAAGGGCAGAAUUCAUCGAGGGCGAUCACGAUACACUCUGCAACUGUUGAGGCUUUAGCCAGCAUCGAUGCAGCAGAUGGUUUACUGUCUCGAGCCAUCAAGGGGAAGAGCAUCAGAAUCACAUCCCGUAGUUCACAGAUAUUUGAAGCCAAAUACGACCCGCUAAAGAAAUAUUCCGCCCACCCUUACGCGCUCUACAUCCCUCAGAAUGUGACGGAGCUUGUACUUGGGCAGAAGUUGCAGAGCCUUGGUGUUCAAGUGCAGCGUCCUCAUAGGGUGGUAGGAAUGAAACAGAACGAGAAGGACUCUCGCAUCACCGACGUGUCCUUUGAGGAUGGUCAAGUCAUUAGAGCUAGAUAUAUUAUCGGUGCAGAUGGCGCCCGCUCAAAUAUCCGUACCAUCGCCGGGAUAGGGUUCUCUGACCCAGAAGGGCCAAAUACGGGCAACAGUUCAUUGGCUCAAAUGGUCUCUGCAGAUGUCACAUUUGACCCUGAACCAGUCGGUCCAUUAACCCUCGAGGGCCACCUCAAUGGCACAGUUUUUUCAGGCAAUUUCUUUUUCUUUACACCGCUCGGCAAACGCUUCAAUGCAGAGUUGACGCGAGAUGGAAAGCCCAUUACGAAACCCAUCUUCCGUGUAGGUUGUGCCAUCCCUGUAAAGAAUGGGAAGCCCCCCCAUGCUCCACCGAAAGAAUACAUCCAGGACUUGAUUGACAAAUACGGGCCAGCGUGUAUAACAUCAAAUCCAUGUCUUAAUCUAACACCUGUCAAAGUCGACCAGCUGGUCUGGUCGACACGUUUCAGAACACAUUCUGCUAUCGCCGACCGCACCUUCACGCGUCUUGGAGCUGCUAUUCUUCUAGUCGGUGACGCAGCCCAUAUACAUUCACCUGCGGGCGGCCAGGGCAUGAACCUGGCCAUCAGAGACGCGAUUUUCCUUGCAGAGGCUGUCACAAAGCACAUUCAAGCGUCUGCAGAGAAUCCCGAUGUGGAUGAUACCAUUUUACAGGAAUUGGGGGACGUGCGUCAUGCGCGAGCGGUGGAAAUCAUCGGCUUUACCAAGACGCUUUUGAAACUCGCAAGCCUUACGUACGAUUCUUAUGCUUGGUGGAUGCCGUGUAGUGGGGCUUCCAUCCGCGAUCUGGUACUGAGGAUCUUGGGUAGGUUUGAUUUCGUGCAGUCGAAGGUUGCGUGGGGCCUGAGUGGGCUUGGAAGACGGUAAUCGCACAUUUUUGGAUGGCUUGGUGACCCCGUGUUGUAUACCAUGAUUCGCGACAUUUAUAUUUCUAUUCAAAGACAGGAUAGUGUAACUUAGCUAAGACUGUCGUCCCUG